CGGCAUUUCUUGGCCAAACAGAGUGGGGUUCCCAUACUGGCGCCCCAACCAAUCUCCGGAUCAAUUGGUCCGUCCAACAUGCAGCCAGGCAGCCAAGGAAAGGCCAAAGCAAAACCAAGCCAAACGUUUUCGCGCGCGCCAACAAGUCGCAUGCGUUCUCUCCUCCGCGCCGACGGAUAGUUCAAGUUCAAAAACUCAAUUUUUCGGAUGUACUCGGCGAUUUGGCAGCGUUGAUGCCAACAUCCGGCGGCGAUAGCGUCUCAAGUGCUUUGCGGCCCGCUAAAAAGAAUUCAAUAAAUUCAUUCAUUUGAAUUCUUCCCGUGUGUGUUGUGUUGUGUCUUGGCGGUGUAAACAAAAUUUGGCCCAAGUGUGCGGUGAGUGCGUGGCAUGUGCUUUGCCCAUCCACAUCCUGUUUAAGUGGCAUCCUAAAUGCGAUGCGACGACCGGAAUCGCUUGAAAACACGAAAACACGGAAAACACUUUAACGCAAAUUUGGAUUGAAUUGGAUGCAAAAAUGCAGCAAGCAACGAGCCAUGAAAAAAUCAAAUUAAUCAUGUUGGCUUAAACAAUUUCCGUUUUGUUGGGCAAGAAAACGCAUUACUCUAGGGAAAAUCGAGCGGACUCAGUAGAUCUUUCCCAGAUGAUAGCCAGCUUGGUGAGCAUGGAAACGAACUUGGCCAUGGAGGGCGGCCUGGAUAUUUCGGGUGAAUCCCCAACAGCACUACCCCCCAUGCCGAAUGUCACCCAGACCCUGUGGGACCUGGCCAUGCUGUCCACCCAGUCCACCCAGUGGCCCCUUCUGGACACCGGCUCCUCCGAGAACUUCAGCGUACUGGCCACCACCGAGACACCCUACGUGCCCUACGCCCGACGACCGGAAACCUACAUCGUGCCCAUCCUCUUUGCCCUGAUCUUCGUGGUCGGCGUCCUGGGCAAUGGCACUUUGAUUGUGGUCUUCCUCAGUGUGCGACAGAUGCGGAAUGUUCCAAACACCUACAUUUUAUCUCUGGCCCUGGCCGAUCUGCUGGUUAUUAUAACCACAGUGCCCCUCGCCUCCACAGUCUACACAGUAGAGUAUUGGCCAUAUGGUAGCUUCCUGUGCAGCCUGUCGGAGUUCAUGAAGGAUGUGUCCAUCGGGGUGUCGGUGUUCACACUGACUGCGUUAUCCGGCGAUCGGUAUUUUGCCAUCGUGGAUCCUUUGAGGAAAUUCCACGCCCAUGGAGGUGGUCGUCGGGCCACCAGAAUGACCUUGGCCACAGCGGUUUCUAUUUGGCUGCUGGCCAUUCUCUGCGGAUUACCAGCUCUACUCGGAAGCAACCUGAAGCACCUCGGGAUAAACGAAAAGUCCAUAGUCAUCUGCUAUCCGUAUCCGGAGGAGUGGGGCAUCAACUACGCCAAGUCCAUGGUCCUGCUGCACUUUCUGGUGUACUACGCCAUUCCUCUGGUCAUCAUUGCCGUCUUCUACGUGCUCAUCGCCCUACAUUUGAUGUAUUCGGCCAGUGUUCCUGGUGAAAUUCAGGGAGCUGUGCGUCAGGUUCGGGCCCGUCGUAAAGUGGCUGUUACUGUGCUGGCCUUCGUUGUCAUCUUUGGAAUUUGCUUUCUGCCCUACCACGUCUUCUUCCUCUGGUUCUACUUCUGGCCCACUGCCCAGGAUGAUUACAAUGCCUUCUGGCAUGUGCUGCGCAUCGUCGCCUACUGCAUGUCCUUUGCCAACAGCUGUGCGAAUCCUGUGGCCCUGUACUUCGUGAGCGGCGCCUUUCGCAAGCAUUUCAAUAGAUAUCUGUUUUGCCGCGGAGCAAGUGGACGGCGCAAGAAGCGCGGCCAGCACGACACCUUCUGCAUGCACCGGGACACCUCGCUGACCAGCACGGCCUCCAAGCGCUUCCAGUCCCGCCACUCCUGCUACCAGAGCACCAUACGCAGCUGUCGCCUGCAGGAGACCACGAUAACCACCCUGCCGAAUGGCGGGAAUCCGAACGGAGCCCCCAUUUCAGCGGUGGAAUUGGCAAUGCCCGUGCUCCAAGCACCAGGUCACAGUGACGCACCCGCAUCGCAGUCCUACGGAUUUUUGACGCCUAACGAGAUUGGCCAGCAGACCAGGUCGAGUCCAGCCAAGUUCCAGGAAUCGCUGAUGAACUGAAUCCGGGUGAGAACAAAUGGGUGCGUGGAUUUAAACGGAGUUUACAGGAAUUCGGGCAGCCGUGUGCCCAUAUCCUAAGCACUGUAUCGAAAUCAAAAGUGAAUGUAUUUAAAAGCUUAAGAUUUCAAAACUACCACUUCAUACUUUCAAAUCAGUUCAAAGUUGAAGUUUUAUCCUUAAUUUGGCUGACUGUAAAUGGGAUAAGAAAUUGCCUAGGUAAUGUGAAAAACGUACUUGGUCUGCAGCUAGUAUUUCUGAAGCGUAUUAUAAAUAAAUUCGUUGGUUACAACAUUGGUAAAAUAUACACUUAUUUUUGUGACACUACACUAAACUUGAAUUCGAAUGUAAAAACCAAAACGUGCCAUCAAAAACCAAUUGAGAAUGGCUUUGGUAAAACUUUGGCAAGGAAUUAGAGCUACAAAAAUGUUAUUUAGUGUAAAUAUACAUAUGCCUAACAAUUUUGAUGUCUUUUUCUGUGUCAAAGCUAUGGAAAUUAAUCCUAUAAGUAAACUGAAGUAUUGCAGCCGUGGCGCGGCUUUAAGCUAAACAUAUUUUACGUAUAAAUUAUAUUAGACGGUUAAGAGGCUAAAAAUUAUUGUGCGCUCUUAAAUAGACCAAGAGAAACUUUGUAAAUACAUUUUUAUGUGCCAGCAUAUAGUUGAAAAUAAAUGUAAAUUGUGC